AUGGUUGGUGCGAUGGAAACUCGUCGUUUGUCAGGCAAUAUUUUUUCUCGUGAUAAAAGCUUUCUCAAAUCAAUAUUUUAUCCUCAAUUUGAAUCUGAAUUAAUAGAAAAAAAUUAUAAUUUAAAUUAUUUAACAAAUAUUUAUCCAUCAAAUCAUCGUUUAUUAGUUUUUAUAUUAAUAAGUCAUUCAUUAUUUUAUUUAUUUGAAAUAUUCUAUUUAAAAUUAGAAAUAAAUUCUUUAAAAUUAAUCUAUUUGUCAUUAUUAUGUUCAACAAUAUGUCUAAAUCUAUUGUCAUUGCUAAUAAUAAAUAGAGUAAGGAAUAUUAUUUUAUCAAAUAUAAUAUCAUUAUUAUGUUUAUGUCCAUUGAUAAUAAUAACUUGUUUGUAUCCAAUGGAAUGUCAUAUUUAUUUUUUAAUAAUAUUACUUUAUACAAUAUCAAAUUUAUUUUUACCUUUAUCAAUAUUGAUAUCAAUAUUAGUAACAAUAUUAAUAUUAAGAUUGCAAACUGGCUUAAUAUUAUUAUUGAUAAUAAAUAUAAUUGGGAUUUAUUUAAAUCGUUUAUUAGAGUCAACUAUUCGUUCAGCAUACAAUCAACUAUGUAAAAAUGCUAUUGUUCGUAAUUCUUUAUUAAGUGAACAUACAUUAAUAUCAAAAAUGAUUGAUUCAUUAAUGCCAAGAAAAUAUGCUGAAGUUAUCAUGGAAGAUUUUGAUGUUUUUCGCGAACGUUUACAAAAUAUAAAUACAUCAUCAAAUCAACGUGAAGAUGAUUUACAAAUGACUGUUUUUCGUCCAUUACAUAUUGAAAGAAUGGAAAAUGUUUCGAUUUUAUUUGCUGACAUUGUUGGUUUUACUCAAAUGUCAUCCAAUAAAAGUGCAUCACAAUUAGUUUCAUUAUUAUCUGAUUUAUAUGGAAGAUUUGAUGAUUUAUGUGUUCAAAUGUCAUGUGAAAAAAUAGCUACUCUAGGUGAUUGUUACUAUUGUGUUAGUGGUUGUCCUGAACCUCGUCAAGAUCAUGGUAAAGCUUGUCUCCUAAUGGGUUUAGCUAUGAUCAAUGCUAUUGAAGAAUUUGAUCAAGAUAAUAAUGAACAAGUUGAUAUGAGAGUUGGUGUUCAUUCGGGUUCAGUCAAUUGUGGAAUUGUUGGAACAAAAAAAUUUAAAUUUGAUAUAUUUUCGAAUGAUGUUACUUUAGCGAAUAAAAUGGAAUCAACUGGAAAACCAGGUUAUGUUCAUAUCACUGAAUCAACCUAUUUAUUAGUUAAAUCAGAUGAAUUCCAAUUUGAACAAGGUCCAUCAUAUAAAUUAACAACGAAUCUUGAAAUCAAAACAUAUUUUAUUGGUAAACGACGUUUAAGUCAUCGAAUAACUCGAAAGCCUCCUCAAAUGACACUAGCAACGGCCGCUGCAUUUGCUGUUGCAUCAGGAGUAUCACUUAGUGUUCCAUUAAAUGAUACAAAUUAUAUAUCAAAUCAAUCAACAUUAGUAAAUGUUUCAAGUCCAUUAUUAGAAGAAGUUGAACAAGCUCGUCGUGCAACAAUUAGUGAAGAUGAUUUACCUGUUUGUUUAACAAAUAAUAAUAAAAAUGUUGAAAAUUUAACUGACAUUAAAAUUGAAACGGAAGAAAAACAACUAAAUAUUCCAUUAAAUUUUUUAACAUUAAAAUAUAAAGAUAAUAAAUUAGAAAAAUCAUUUUCUCGAAAGAUUCUUCGAUAUGAAUUAUUGAUAAUUGAAAUUCUUUUAUCUAUUCUAUCAUUUUUAUUAUUAUUUAUUUAUUUACCAAAACAAAUUCUUUUAUCAAUAAUAAUGAUUACAUUUAUAUUAAUUCAAUUAAUAUUAGCACUAAUUAUUAUUCGUUAUUAUAAAAAGUUAACCAAUAAUUUAAUAUUAAUAAAUUUAUUUCAAUAUUUUUAUUUAUUAUCACCAUUAGUUUUAUUAUUAAUAAUACCAAAGGAUUAUUUAAUAACACUAUCAUCAUUUAUAUUAUUUGUAUCAACUUAUUUAACAUUAUUUUCAUCUAUAAAUCAUUUAAUUAAAAUACUAUUAUCAUUUUUAUCGAUAUUAAUUUAUGUAUUAAUAAUAUUCUUCAAUAAUCAUAUUGAAAUAUUAAUAUUAAUUAAAAUAAUUAGCUGUUUAUUAAUAUCAUUAAUUAUUAAUUAUGGAAUCAAUCGUCAAAUAGAAUUAUCUCGUCGUUAUGAAUACAAUGUUAUUAAUAAAUCAUCGGAACAAAGAAAUGAAAUUGAAAAAGAACGUGAACGUGCUGAUUGGCUUUUAAGAAAUAUUUUACCUGAGCACGUUAUUGAACCAUUACGUCUUCUUGGCGGUUCAUAUUCGCGUAAUCAUCCAUGUGUUGCUGUUCUUUUUGCUUCAUUAAUUAAUUUUCAUGUUAUGUAUGAAGAACAAUAUGAAGGUGGAAAGUUUUAUGCAAGAAUUUUAAAUGAAUUCUAUGGAGAUAUUGAAGAAUUAUUUGUUGAUCCAAGAUUUUCAAAUAUUGAAAAAAUAAAAACUAUCGGAGCAACAUUUAUGGCUGCGUCUGGUUUACAAACGGAUUCAAAUGAUGAAAAUUCAAUUAAAUCAGUUUGUGAUCUUAUUGAAUUUGCAUUGGCAUUUCAAGAGACAAUGCAUCGAUUUAAUCAGGCACUUUUAAAUUUUGCAUUCGAAAUUCGUAUGGGUCUUAACUUUGGACCUGUUACAGCUGGUGUUAUUGGUACAACAAAAUUAUUUUAUGAUAUUUGGGGUGAUACAGUUAAUGUUGCUUCAAGAAUGGACUCAACUGGAGAGAAAGGAAAAAUUCAAGUACCUGAAUAUGUUGCUCUAGCUUUAAAAGAUAAAUAUCAAUUUGAACUUCGAGGAGAAAUUGAUGUCAAAGGAAAAAGUCGAAUGACAACUUAUUUUCUUAAAGCAAAUUCAAAUAAAUAA